AUGGAAUACACAAGAAACACUGGCCUUAAGAUUUCGAAGAUCAUUUUGGGAUGCAUGACCUUUGGUUCGUCUAAAUGGGAAGGCUCACCGUGGGUUCUAGGUGAGGAAGAGGGGCUGCACUUACUCAAGACGGCAUAUGAAAAUGGCAUCAACACCUGGGACACGGCUGAUACGUACUCGAACGGUCAAUCAGAGGUCAUCAUUGGCAAGGCACUGAAGGAGUUCAACAUCCCACGGCAGAAGGUUGUGAUCUUCUCCAAGAUCUUUAACCCAGUCAUGGAUGAUGAAUCAAGGCCUUCCAGCGUCAACGAUGGUCCACUGGUCAACCAGAUGGGUUUAAGCAGAAAGCAUGUCUUUCAUGCCGUGGACAAGUGCCUGGAGCGGCUCGGGACAGAUUAUGUCGAUGUCCUUCAGAUCCACCGCCUCGACCGAGAAACUCCACCGGAAGAAAUCGUGCGAGCCCUCCACGACGUCGUACAGUCUGGAAAAGUCCGCUACAUCGGAGCGUCAUCCAUGUAUACGUGGGAGUUUGCUCGGCUGCAGUACGUUGCUCGUUCAAACGGUUGGACGGAGUUCAUCUCAAUGCAGCCGUUCUACAACUUGCUUUACCGUGAGGAAGAACGAGAGAUGCUACCCUUCUGCCGCGCAACUGGAGUUGGGGUGAUUCCAUGGUCGCCGAUUGCACACGGUCUGCUCGCAAAGCAUCUCUCCAGAGAGAAUGAAGAGGGCGUAUCGCUGCGAAGCCAAACGGAUAAGAAGACGCAAGUAUGGUUUGCCGACGCUAAUCUUGAAAUUGUCAACCGUGUGGAAGAGAUUGCAAAGAGAAAGGGUGUCAGCAUGGCUUUAGUCUCAACAGCGUGGGUUUUGCAACAGGGAUGCUGGCCCAUUGUCGGUUUGACCUCGGAGAAUAGAAUCAAAGAGACGAUAGGGGCGUUGAAGGUCAAGUUGACUGAUGAAGAAUGUCGAUAUUUGGAAAGUGAAUACCGACCAAGAAAUAUCCAGGGCAUGUGA